CUCUCUCUCUCUCUCUCUCUCUCUCUCUCUCUCUCUUGUUGCACAUGGGGAGGCGACCGUGCUGUGACAAUUCCGGGCUGAAGAGGGGUCCAUGGACAGCAGAGGAAGACCAGAAGCUCAUCAGCUUCAUCCUCAACAACGGCAUACACCGUUGGCGUCUCGUGCCGAAGCUUGCUGGUCUUAUGAGAUGUGGGAAGAGCUGCAGGCUGAGAUGGACUAACUACCUUCGUCCUGACCUCAAGAGAGGCGCCAUUUCCGAGGAAGAAGAGAACCAGAUCAUCCAGCUCCACUCCAGCCUCGGGAACAGAUGGUCCAAGAUCGCAUCACACUUCCCUGGCCGAACUGACAACGAGAUCAAGAACCACUGGAACACCCGAAUCAAGAAGAAGCUCGAGCUCCUUCGCGUGGAUCCAGCGACCCACCAGCUCAUCAUCAAUCAGCAGCCUGAGAGAUAUGAUCAUGGACAUGCCGAUGCUCGUCCACAAGCAGAAGGGAAGAGCACAGAUGUGUCCGAAGACGAAUUUGGUCUCAUGCAUAGUAGCAUUUGGAUGCCAAGUGAUCGGAGCUCGAACGAAGAAGAGACGAUACCACAGGUCAAGUCUUCAGGCAGCUGCAGCUCUUCCUUCUGUGCCUCCUCUAUGGCAAGUGCACUUGAUACUGAAGAAACCAAGCUGUGCUACGACUCUUUUCCUCCAUGGGAAGCCAUGUAUCCUUUUGAGGAUCUCGUCCUUCAUGGGAGCUUGCUGUAAGUCAUCAUAAACAACACGGAGGCAGACGAAGUUCCUUUUUGCUACAAAACUGCUUCAUGAUAUUAGGAACUCAGAAUGUAAUAGAAGAGCUCGCCUUCUUUGUCACAUGAUCAUGUCUGGUUAUGUGUGUGACGAUUCUUUGUAGUCUCAACAUUCUUCAAACAAAUGUGUUGCUUAGAUUUCUCUUCAUGUAAUUACUCUUUAGAUAUUUUUACUUGCAUAU